AUGGCCAUAUGCAAUCAUCCAUGGAAAUACGAUGUGUUCUUGAGUUUUAGAGGUGAAGACACUCGGAAGAAUAUCACCGACCAUCUGCGCGCCACGUUGGAUCAAAAGGGCCUUGGAAUAUUUAGGGAUCUUGAAAGUAUUGAGAGAGGGAAGGAAAUUUCAUCUGAGCUACUGAAAGCAAUUGAAGAUUCCAUGAUUUGGAUCAUAAUUUUUUCAAGAAAUUACGCCUCAUCGACUUGGUGUUUGGAUGAACUUGUAAAGAUUGUUGAUUGCUUAGACGUGGAUAGGCAUCGUGCAGUGGUGCCAGUUUUUUACGACACAAAUCCAUCAUAUGUACGGAGACAAAUGGGAGAUUUCAAGAAAGCUUUUGAUAAACAUGAAGAAGAUUUUAGAGACGAUGAGGAGAAGCUGCCAAAGUUUAGAAGUGCUUUGACAAAGAUAGCCAGUUUGUCUGGAUGA